GCCGGAAGCACCUCCUCGCGCACGGCGUCCCCCGGUUCGGCGGCGGCCGGUCCGGUACCGGCCAUGAGCAAGCGGAAAGCGCCCCAGGAGAGCCCCAACCAGGGCAUCACCGACUUCCUCACCGAGCUGGCCAACUACGAACGCAACGUUAACCGGGCCAUCCACAAGUACAACGCCUACAGGAAAGCGGCCUCGGUCAUCGCUCGCUACCCGAGCAAGAUCCAGAGCGGGGCUGAAGCCAAGAAGCUGGAUGGAGUAGGUGCUAAAAUAGCUGAGAAGAUAGAUGAGUUUUUGUCUACUGGAAAACUACGCAAAUUGGAAAAGAUUCGACAAGAUGAUACAAGUGCAUCUAUCAAUUUCCUCACACGAGUUACUGGCAUUGGUCCUGCUGCUGCUCGGAAAUUUGUCGAGGAAGGAAUUAAGACCUUGGAAGAUCUAAGAAAAAAUGAGCACAAGCUGACCCAUCACCAACGGAUUGGGCUGAAAUACUUUGAAGAUUUUGAGAAAAGAAUCCCAAGGGAAGAAAUGCUGCAAAUGCAGGAAAUUGUGCUGAAAGAGAUAAAGAAGCUGGACCCAAACUAUAUUGCUACAGUCUGUGGCAGUUUUAGACGAGGUGCAGAGUCAAGUGGUGAUAUGGAUGUUCUCCUAACCCACCCAAGUUUCACAUCUGAAUCACCCAAGCAGCCAAAACUUCUGCGUCAAGUUGUUGAACAACUGGAAAAAGUCCACUUUGUCACAGAUAUGCUGUCCAAAGGUGACACCAAAUUCAUGGGUGUGUGUCAGCUACCAAACAAAGAAGAUGGGACAGCCUAUCCACACAGGAGGAUCGAUAUCCGGCUUAUCCCCAAAGAUCAGUAUUACUGUGGUGUACUCUAUUUCACAGGAAGUGAUAUAUUCAAUAAGAACAUGAGAGCUCAUGCCCUGGAAAUGGGCUUCACAAUCAAUGAGUAUACAAUCCGUCCCUUGGGUGUCACUGGAGUUGCUGGCGAGCCACUGCCAGUGGAAUGUGAAGAAGAUAUCUUUGAUUAUAUCCAGUGGAAAUACCGAGAGCCAAAGGAUCGGAGCGAGUAACUGCUUGUCUAGGUACACUGCUCAGAAGACUACUUCUUCUUGGGACUUGAAGCACAGUUUGCUGGCCUUGCAUUCUCUCUUGGUAAUUCUCAAUAAAUUCUUCUAGAUGGAAGAAAAAUAGCUU